AUGAGGAGGAGAGCAGCGCUUUUCUUUACUUCUCUUGCUGUUGUCUUGACCUCUCAAGGGUCACCUGACCCUCCAGCCUCAUGCUCUCAUGCGAGAUUCAUUGCGAGGCAUUCAGCAACGCCGGUAGCCCUCCCGACCAUGGCGCUCAGAGGAGGCGGGAAGAGGAAGAGGAUAACGAGGGACCACAAGAUCGGUCCUGAUGUCCUCGACUACACUGGAGUAAAGGCCAUUCCCCAUGACAACACGCCGAGACUCUCCGUCUACAUGGAGAAGAAGAAGAAGAAAGUAGGAUCAUUCGCGGCGGCGAUUAACAGGGAGUUUCCGAGAGACGAAGUGAAGGCGAUGAGGAUGAUGAGAAAGAUGGGCUUCUACGAGAGCCUCAUCAACCCCAAAGACGAUCCGGAGGAGGACGAGGAAGAGAAGGGCAGAUACCUGGACUAUCGCAAGACCUCGUCCCAGCCCAUGCUCACUGAUGGAACCGCAGAGUCGUCCGACUCUGACGACAGCGACUCGCCAUCGCAACAAGUUGGUCUCCAAAUACGGAAUGGUGAAGUAGAAUUCAACCCUGUUGCUGAGGACCGAUCUCAGUCCGCAACUGAGAGUGAAGUCGUUCGUCGCACAGCAGGGCUCCUCCCACCGACCGACGAGCACGUUGGUGUCGACGGACUUGUGAACUUCACCAGCAUGCUGCUGCAUCCUAGCGAAGAGGAGGUGGAGGAAGCGGGGAAAGAAGGUGCAGGGGCAGGGCCGGAGCAUCAUGACUUGCAUGACAUUCAGCUUGAAGAGGCAAGACGUGAUGUGAUGGAAGCUUUGGAGAGUGAGGAAGUUCAAAGUGAGGUGGAGACGGAACAAGCGGUCCAGGACGAGCAUCGGGACAGAAGCUCAUUCACCACGACCCACUCUCUUCCUUCCUUUUAUCGUUCUACUGAGAGGGAGAGCGACGAUUCUGAAACAGAAGAAUCAGCCGGCACACGAAAAUCCAGCAAGGAAGGUCGUACAAGUGAUGAAGACCUGAAAUCCAGCGAUGAAUCUACAGAUGGCGAAGAACCGACGAUCCUUUCUUCGGAUUUUUCUUAUCGCCCAAAGCCGCCAUGGCUCAGAGAAAAGAGGAAAAACAAGUACGAUAGCAGAGACGUACUCGAUCCUCUUGAGAAUUUUGAGUGGGGAACGGAAAAGGUCCCCAAACACCUUCUCCCUCCGGAUCCUCGAAUGUGGAGGAGAAAGAAGAAGGAUCGAAUGCGCACAGAGAUGAUGAGGGAACAGAAGACAGAUUGGAAUCAAGAGAUCGAGGAUAUGGAUAUACGAAGUGAGAUCAAAAAGGACUGGAUCGAUUCCGAUCCUGAGAAAGACAAGAGACAAGAGAAAGCUGCCUUGAAGGAGAGAAGAAAUGUGCUGUUUCAUGAUCCGAAAUUAGACAAGAUGAGAGCUUAUGUGAGGAAAAAGUUCAACCGCGAGGAGAUAACCAUCUAUCGGAUGAUUGGGAACAAGAUCAUCGAGGACGACUUUGAUUUUCAUCGUCUAGUCACUAGAGAUCGAGAAAGGAGAGAAUUCAAAAGAGCUCAGAAAGAAGUUGCUGGAUCCAUCUCCUCCUCCGUCGAGGACUUUGACAAUGUAGCGCACAGCACCAAGUACAACUUUCUUGGUUUCGACGACUUUGUUCAGAGAUACGUGGGCGGGGAGUUUGAAAUGCACCACCUUCCCAAAUCUGUCAUCCGCAAAUUCUUUCCGCCAUUCCGGGGAGCAACGUAUGCGAUCUUGAGGGAUCGACAAGACAGGAGAGAUGAGUGGGAGCAAACUGCCGAGGCGAGGUUGUUCAACAGCCCGGACGACGCAAAUCUCCCGGAGUUCGUCGGAGACUUACCUAUUACGAAUGACAUAGUUCAGAAUAUUGAAGAAAGUUUCAAGACACAAGAUGGUGAAUAUGAUUUGGAUAAGAUGGCACUGGCGUUGGAGAAAGAGCUCAAGAAAAUCAACAAGGCAAUCUUUCGUCUUCGAUUCAACAAAGGGCGGAACAAGAAGGAAGCUGAUAGUGAGAUUGUCGACGAGAAAGAUGAUGUCUAUGCAAGUCAAGAAAGACUUCUUUUUCAAGACCUCGACCGUCUGGUGCAAGCUCGAUCUUUCAUGGAGAAAUCGCUGUCAGAGAUAGAGCAAGCGAAGCAGGAAGAGUCCAUCGUUGAGAAACCAAUACUUAACAUCACAUAUGACGCUGUGUGGAUCUUGGGCUUUGACGUCAAUCCUUACGGGAGACCGUUUGAUAAAUUCUUCUGGACUCCUGCAGUCCAAUACAACUUUUGGUCGUUGGUGAAGAAAGGCGAAAAGGACAUCAACAAAUUACAGUAUCUGAUGGACAUGGGCGCCGUUGUAAACGCCCAUAACCCUUCCAAUGCCUUCUCGACAGCUCUGCACCUGGCGGCAUGGGGAGGUCACGUGGAGACUUGUCGGAACCUCCUCCUCCUCGGGGCCAACGUGACAGCACGAAGGCUGUGUGGGUCGACUGCUCUUCAUCUCUCCGCUUUCUGGGGACAUUUCAAGGAGCGUAGAGGAGUCCGAGGAGUAGAGGUGCACGCAGCACGGAGCGAGGAGUGGGCCGAGAUCGAUCAGUCGAGGCUGGUGAUGGAGGUGACGCGGUUGCUGGUGGAGAAAGGAGGAGCAGAUAUGUGGUGCAAAAGGCCUUAUGACCGCAAACUUCCCCUUGACGUAGCGGCGUCUGAGAACAACAAGUGGGUAGACAGGACCAGGGUGGUCGUCUGGUUGAGGAGGAAGAUGGGACUAGAGGAGAAACUGCAUGUUUGCAAGAUUCCGAAGCGCUUGAGAGUCAGCGAAAGGAAUGAAUAUGUUCGCAUCCCCCCCGGUCCCUACAUCCCUCCAUGGCAAGUCGAAGAUGAAAUCGCGUUCUCCUCUCCUUCCCAUCGGUACCAGGACCCUGAAACAGCAGGGAGGCAUCCAAAGAGCAUGCAAUCAAGACCAACACGCCCGUCGCAAUGUUCGAACGCCGCAGCCUUGUAG